AUGCAAACUCAACGCCUGUUAACACGUGUCGAGGGAUUAAGCAAUCGAUUCAAUGAUGUUAUCUAUAAAUCGCCCCAACAUUUGACACCAAAUGCAACCAAUGGUCACAUUGUCUGCUAUUUUGGCGGAGAUGUGCAGGACUUGAGGCAUCAUAUGGUGGACAACACGACGGGUGAAGACCGCAGCCAUCUGUUGGCCUAUUGUCUGGAAAGCGUGACAUCCAUUAUAUCCGACAAAUUCACCGCAAGUCAUGUGUUUGCGAUUCGCGCGAAUCGGUUCCACAACAAGACUUACGCCGUUUACGACAACUUCGUUGUCUCCGAUGUCUUCGGGUCUCCCAAACACGAGUUCUCCAAACAAGCGUUGACUCACUUAAGACUACUUCUACUCAAUUGUUUCAAUCAAUUGGAUCUCAAUUUAGACUUCAAAGGAGAUCACAAAUUAGCGGUCAUUGGAUUCAGCAAAGGAUGUGUUGUUUUGAAUCAGUUGUUGUACUCAUUUUACGUCAGUUUAGACGACACAGAGCUUAAGGACCUGAUCUCGAGGAUAGAGUGCAUGUAUUGGUGCGAUGGCGGACACUCGGGAAGCGCUCAAACUUGGGUCACGUGUCAACCGGUGCUCAACCAUUUCGCUACACUCGGUAUCGGCGUUCAUAUCAAUGUCAGUCCGUAUCAAGUCUUGUGUCCGUUCCGGCCGUGGGUUCGCUUGCUUCUCUUCUAUAAAAAGUUUAGCGAAGACUUACUCAUCAAUGAAUCCAAUAUCGUUUACAUCAAACUAUUUCAUGCCUUCAAUCAAAACCUGAACUACGAGUCGAGGGCUUUGAUCACAAUUAAUGGCCUCAACAACAGUCCAUUGAUAAGACAGGAACCGCUCUCUAUUGAGUCCAUCGCUGCCCUCAAACAAAGCUCGAGCGAAGGAUCCAAUUAUUAUCUGAAAGCGGUUGCCAUCAAGUCUUUGGAGAACGAGAAUUCGGUCAAGUCUUCGACCACUUUUAUUAGUGCUUGUUCGCUUUACGAGUCCUCCCUCUCCGACAUUCUGGUCGUAACCCUCGACCCGAACGGCCAGUUCUUGUCAUUGAGUGCAUCCACUCUUAAUCCUCAAUGCGUUUCUUCGGUGAAGAGUUCAUUGGCGACGAAAUUAACUAAUUUUAACACAACUGUUGUGGUUAUGCCUACCGUUGUCUCCAAUGGGUAUAUUUAA